AUGCCUAAGGUAGUCCAGUGUCCUUCUCCAGCCAUGUGGUAUUCACAACGUGUGUUUGAGAUGAAAUUCUUGGGUGGUGGAUUUGGCAUCACCCUAAGUGGUAUCGGCUUGAUGAGGUUGUUGCUACCAACUCUAGGAGCAGUUGUGACAAAAGGGCUGGUAAUGAGUCACACUUUCGGUGUGCUCCUCUCUUCAUGGCGAUGGAUUGAGCUUGGGCGGUUGCCUUGGUUGAUUGGACUUGUUGGCGAAUUGUAUGAAUCGGUGUAUGCAACGUUUGGUCGGGAGUCUAAGGCCCCCAUGUUCGCAUCUGACAUUUUGGUCACGUUUCUUUGGAAUCUAAUUCGGGAUUGA